UAUAAAGGAGGUGCUCUCGCUCCAGCAAUCCUUCCUUAAUCAUUCUCAUUAGUCCAAUAAUUCUAUCCAUAAAGUCUACAAAGCUUCCAACAACCAACGAUCUCCCACAUUCAUCAUGCAGCUCUCCAACCUUAUGCUUGCUCUUGUGGCCGUCGGCGCUAGCCUUGGUCUUGCUGCUCCUGCGCCCGAGAAGGACAGUACCGCUUCGACUCAAUGGUAUUGUCCUAACGGCUGGAGUGCUUGCGGUGAAUGCAACGGUAGCUCAUGCAAGGUUGCUGGAAUCAACCAAUCUUGCGCAAAGGGUAGUUGCGUCGGCGAUGGUGGUGGUGAUGGAGCCAUCUGUGGAAACCUCUAUCAUGAGGAGAUCACUUGCCCUGGCAGUGGCUAAGGGAGUUAGUCUCUAAGGUCUCUAUUAUAAGUUGGUGACAGAGCCUGGUCUCCUAGAGGUAUACAAAGUUAUGUCGAUUGAGUGUAUCUAAUCUCGAUGUCUAUAUUGGAGCAGUAUCUAUAUAUGUACCGAUCCUCUCAGCUUUCUUGGAAUGUUAGGAUCACGUAUACCCUCACCAGACUUAAGCCUCGCUAAAGCUUUCUGACUUUGCGGUCUAAGGGCGGGGUGUUAUGACACACUGAAGUGGGAAUCUCAACCAGAAUGCGUCGAUCAUGUAUGUAUAAUCGGGUCGUCGAAUCCUGCUUAGAAUUUUAGGGAUUAAUGUCAGAAAUGAG